ACUGAUUGUUAAAUUCAGUUAUUAAUGUUUGUUGUUUCUGAUGUGCUCUGUGUUCCAGUGGUACAGAGUCAGUAUGACUGGGGAGUGACGUACACUUCUACUGAGAUCUGUGCCUUCAAAGGAUCAACUGUGGACAUAUACUGCGCCAUUAAAUACCCGUCCACAAUCAGUUACCGUUAUAUUACUACUGGGGAAACAUUCUGGUUUAAAGGUGAUGAUACUGUGGAUCUGAAAACAAAGUCAGAGUAUUCAAGUCGUGUGGAGUAUAACUGUGAUAUGAACUACUGCACUCUGAGAGUCACAGACCUGAGAGAGAGCGACUCAGCUGAGUACAAGUUCAGGUUCAUAACAAACCAACCAGGUGGGACAUAUACUGGUUCACCUGGAGUCACUCUGUCUGUCACAGAUUCAGAUCUCCAGGUGCAGGUGAGCAGAUUACAGGUCUAUGAGUCUUAUAACUGGGCAGAGCUGAAGUGUCACAGCAGUUGUCUUCCACCUGGUCAUCCUUCCUACAUCUGGUACAAGAAUGGACAGAACAUUUCAGAAGGAACAUCUUAUUCAGCCUACUUUGAUCCUGCAGACAGUUUUUCCUGUGCUGUAGGAGGAUAUGAGAAGUCCCGCUCUCCUUCAGUGUAUGCUCCAAAGCUUCCCUCUGUGUCAGUGAGUCCCUCUGCUGAGAUAGUGGAGGGCAGUUCAGUGACUCUGACCUGCAGCAGUGAUGCUAACCCAGCAGCUAAUUAUACCUGGUAUAAAUAUCAUGGAAAUCCAAACCUUCAUCUUCCCAGUAAAGAACCACAGCUUAUCUUGAGCUCCAUCUUGCCCUCUGACUCUAGAGGGUAUUACUGUGCAGUAGAGAAUGAUCUGGGGAGAAGGACAUCUGGAUUAGUCCCUAUUAAUGUGAAAUGUGAGUAA